CAACCACCCCUACGACAAACGUACAUGUAGAUCGGGACAGUCCGAACUCAUCGACAUAGCAUUGUACGCGAUACCGCCGCCCAAUUAUUAUGUAAAUUAUAGAGAUCGAACCGCUGCAGAUUUUACGUGUAUUAGCCGAUCAUGACGAGAGCGGGCGAACUGCAGCAGAACCCACUCCCAAGGCAACUUCCAGGUACAUCCGUUGGAGCUAGUCAGGGUGCCCCAUCUUGUAUAUAAUGCAGCUGGGCUCUUCCUCGGCUUCCAGUUUGAUCUCCCAUCAUUCACCACACUCAUCCCCCAAGCCAAACACAUCGAACCUCCCAACAUCGUCGUACCAUUGCGCACCAUGGCUCCUAAGAUUGCGAUUGUCUUUUACUCUAUGUACGGCCAUAUUCGGCAACUUGCCGAGGCCGAGAAGGAGGGUAUUGAGAAGGCCGGCGGCACUGCCGAUCUUUACCAAGUCCCCGAGACGCUCCCUCAGGAGGUGCUCGACAAGAUGUACGCCCCGCCCAAGCCGACCGACAUCCCCACGCUUGACGACCCUUCCGUCCUGGAGAAGUACGAUGCCUUCCUACUGGGCAUCCCGACCCGGUACGGCAACUUCCCCGCGCAGUGGAGGGCUUUCUGGGACAAGACUGGCAAGCAGUGGUCGACGGGUGCGUUCUACGGCAAGUACGCCGGCGUCUUCAUUUCGACGGCGAGCCAAGGUGGUGGUCAGGAGUCGACGGCCGUUGCCGCUAUGAGCACCUUCGCUCACCACGGCAUCAUCUACGUGCCUCUGGGCUUCGCCAAGGCGUUCGGUAUCCUGACAGACUUGGCCGAAGCCCGCGGUGGCAGCGCUUGGGGGGCGGGGACCUUCGCGAGUGGUGAUGGCAGCAGACAGCCGAGCGAGAAGGAGAAGGAACUGGCGAAGAUUCAGGGCGAGGAGUUCUACAAGACGGUUGCGAAGGCCUUUGGGGGGAGCAAAGGAGCCGCCAAGGCGGUGACGGUCUCCGCGCCAGACAUGAAAGAGACGCAAGAGCCUCCCACGGAGAGCAAGAAGCCUAAGGAAGGCCCUUGCGGAUUACCAAUCAAGUGCGUUCUCAUGUGAAAAGCAGAUCAGCAUCGAAUUGGCGUCUGUGUGUUUGCUGCCGAGGGUGUAGCUCUUCUCGUGGUGCUUUGGAAGGGGGACAUGGGGUCUGGGAAGGCAAGAUGAUGCGAAAGAACCUCGAAGGAAGCGGGCGAAGGUAUCCUGCCCGAAACGAUAAGGAUAACCUGUAAUUACACUAUACCCAUCUGUGACUUGUAACAUACGGUAAUCAUUCUCUCGAUUCACUGAUCCUUACGAAUACCUUACGUUGAUCAACAGUUCAACAGAUAAAUGGCCACAGCAAUCAACAAUGGAACAAACCUGGUGCACCC